UCAUUUACCUAUUUUGCUAGAGCACUAAGUGGAGUUGUUAUGAAAAGCUCCAUUACUCAAAUUGAAAGGAGAUUUGAUAUAUCCUCCUCUGUUGCUGGAUUAAUUGAUGGAAGUUUUGAAAUCGGAAAUUUGCUUGUUAUUGUAUUUGUAAGUUACUUUGGAUCCAAGCUACACAGACCAAAGUUAAUUGGAAUCGGUUGCGUAAUUAUGGGAACUGGGAGUCUUUUGACGGCUUUACCACAUUUCUUCAUGGGACAUUAUAGGUAUUCUAAAGAAUAUAAUGUUAACCUGCCAUCGAACUCAACAUCAAGGCUGCCAAUCUGUUCAACUAAUCAAAAUUUAUUAUUCAAUAGAUCAUCACCAGAAACAGUGGGAAAUGGUUGUGUAAAGGAAUCUGGGUCCAACAUGUGGAUUUAUGUCUUAAUGGGCAAUAUGCUUCGUGGAAUUGGGGAAACCCCAAUUGCACCCUUAGGAAUUUCUUACAUUGAUGAUUUUGCUAAAGAAGGACAUUCUUCUUUUUAUAUAGGUAGUUUGAAUGCAAUAGGAAUGCUUGGUCCAGUUGCUGGCUUUCUCAUGGCGUCUCUGAUUGCUAGACUAUAUGUGGACAUUGGAUUUGUAGAUCUAAGCAGUAUCCGAAUAACUCCUAAGGAUUCUCGUUGGGUUGGUGCUUGGUGGCUUGGUUUCCUUGUGGCUGGAACACUCUCUCUUAUUGCAUCAAUUCCAUUCUUUUUCCUUCCAAAAAGUCUGAAUAAACAAGAGAAAGGUAGAAAAGAUUCGAUAUCUUCACAUACUAGUAAAACAAAAGAAGCAAGUAAGUUAUCGGCCAAAUUAAUCAACCAUGAGCAACAUAUUACAGAAAAUGUGACUGGCUUCUACCAGUCCUUGAAAAAUAUCCUUACCAACCCCCUAUAUAUUACAUACUUGAGUAUGUCAUUAUUAUACUUCAGCAGCUUUGCUGGUGCUCUUACGUAUAUCUUCAAAUACGUAGAACAACAGUAUGGUCAGUCAAUAGCUGAUGCAAACUUUUGGAUAGGAAUCAUCACCAUACCUACUAUUUCAUUUGGACUAUUUAUAGGAGGAUAUAUCAUUAAAAAAUUCAAACUCAGUCUAUGGGGAAUUGCGAAAUUAUCCUUCUCUUGUUUUUUGCUGUCAUUCCUGUGCCAAUUAAAUAAUUUAUUCCUAACCUGUGAAACCAAAUCUGUUGCAGGCCUAACCUUGACCUAUAAUGGAAAAAACCCAGUAACGUCUCAUAUAAAUGUAUCACUCUCUUAUUGCAACAUGGAUUGCAAUUGUGAUGAAAGCCAAUGGGAACCAGUCUGUGGAGAAAAUGGAAUAACUUAUGUGUCACCUUGUCUCGCAGGAUGCACAUCUUCAGGUACUAAUCCAAAGUCAAAAGUUUUUUAUAACUGUCAUUGUGUGGAUAUGGCUGAUUUCCCAAACAGAAACAACUCAGUCCGUUUGGGUGAAUGUCCAAGAAAAGAUCAUUGUAAAAAGAAAUUUUACUUGUUUUUAGUAGUGCAAGUCAUGGGUAGUCUUAUAAGUUCACUGGGAUCCACCCCGGCUUUCAUGCUGGUUUUUAAAAAUGUCAAACCAGAACUCAAAUCACUUGCAGUGGGUUUCCACUCACUGACUAUACGAUCUCUAGGAGGAAUUCUGUCUCCUAUAUAUUUUGGAGCUCUGAUUGAUAGAACAUGUUUGAAGUGGUCCAUUGACAAUUGUGGAAAGCAAGGAACUUGUAGAAUAUAUGAUUCCAAAUUAUAUGGAAAUUAUUACAUCAGCCUAAGUUUGUCCUUAAAAAGUGGAGCACUUGUUUUAUUUUGUAUAUUUCUUUGUCUUACAAAGAAGAAGCAUCAAGGAAAAGAUACCAAAUCAGAAAAUGGAAAAAGAGUGAAUGAAGAAAACUUAGAACCUUUAAACAAUAAUGGACAUUUUGUAUCUUCCACUGCAGGAGAUGGUGAAACACAUAUUUAA